AUGGAAAUGCUUGAAAUACGAAAGCAUAAAAUGAGACCUGCAGAACAGAAGAAAAGAAGGGAUGAGACAAUAGAUGACCCAACAAAACGAAAUAAGACUGAAUUCUACUGUUAUCUUAUAGAUAUAGUAAUCACAUCUUUGCAUGAGAGAUUCAGUCAACUGAAAGCUCAUUGUGAUUAUUUUGAUUAUCUCUAUGACAUUGACGAGCUGAAGAAUACACCUCCUGACAGCCUGGACACAAAGUGUAGAAACCUCGCAGAGAUUUUGCAAGAUCAUGAGUCAAGCGACAUUGAUGCACUGAAGUUGAGAGAUGAACUAAAAGUGCUUUCAACAUUGUUGAAACUUGGAAUAGGUCCAAAAGAGAUUCUGAAGUUUAUGGGAAGACAUAAUUUUUGGCCGAAUGUUAACAUUGCUCUGAGAAUUCCCCUAACACUCUCAGUGACAGUUGCGAGUGGAAAGAGGAGUUUCCCAAAACUGAAAUUGAUAAAGACAUACCUCCGAUCAACAAUGAACAAAAUUCAUUUGGAUGAUCUUGCAACAAUAUCAAUUGAGAAUGAGCUUGUGGAGGACUUACAUUACACAGAUCAUGUGAAAGAGUUUGCACGAGCAAAAGCUAGGAAGGUUCGACUUGUCUAUCAUUUUUUUAAAUUUUUAUAUUAUGAUCAGUGUCUUGUUGAAUACAUUAUAUGUUCACAACCAUUGAAAAAUGUUUAUUUACAUUAA